UGCAGAAUCGCAGAUAAAGCUCCGUGUACAAUAUUUCAGAUUGUUUCGAGAGCUUGGGUGUUUUCUGUUGUUUCUUCUCUGGGCUUUAGGGACAUUACUUUUGUAUUGGGCCCUGAAUGUUUGUUCUGUUGUGUUUGUGGGGCGUUGGUGGAAAGUUUUCGGCUUGUAAUUAGGCUUAGUCCAUCCAAAACUUUUUUGUUGAGGAAUGAAGAUGCCCGCUUACGAACCCGAAAAAAGAGCUAAAGAAAUUAAUUGCCUGAUUUAAAAAGUUGAAGGAUUCAAUAGCACAAAAUGAAAAAGCCAAACUGUAUCUAAAUGCAAGAUUUGCAUUUACGGGAUUUGGUUUUUAUUUUCUUUUUAUGGUUUCCAGUGUCACUUACCACGUGUAAUCUUUCCUGCGGCUAGCUCUUCGAUGUGGUCCGGUCCGAUAACGCCCGCAAAACGUACUUUCCUUGCAGCGCAUGUAAGAAAUUUGCUCCUCCUGGCUGCCGUUGACUCUGUUUUUCCAUUUCAUAUAAUGCCCGACCUUGACCUUUUUCGAGCCUGACGAAUCCCUAAACCCUUGAAAACUUAAACUGGCAACCUUCUUGAAUUCCUGAUGCUAAUACCUUUCCGCGGUUCAGAUUGCCAGAACAGAUUCUUUCCUUUUUUUGGUCAGAAGCUAGAGCAGCUUUGAUCCUUACUUUUCAUCUAUCUUUGCUACUUUGGAAUUUCAAAUAUUGUCGGUUCUUUUCUAUGUCUGCUAUUUACGUACUCUGAGGGAUCCUCGGGUGGUUCAGCUUUACUGGGUGAUUGGAAAAGGGUUUAGUAUGGCCUUUUUUUAUACAUGUAGAUCUUGUCUGACUUCGUUCUUCUCUAGUCUGCUCUAAAUUGUCUCCUCUUUUGUAGCUCAGAAUAAGUAAUGCCUAGAGACGUUGAUCGAUUUCGGAGGUAUGUGGAGGUUGUGGCGGACAAGUGGAAGUGUAAGUUUUGUGGCAAGGAUUUUAGUGGAAGUGCUACGAGGAUCAAGGCACACCUCGCUGGGGUUCCGGGCUACGGUAUUAAACCAUGCGAGAGAGUUGAUGAUCAUGUAAGAUCACAAGCUUUGAAUGCGAUGAAAGGUAAAAGUGUGGUGGACGCAACCCACAGGGGAGGCGCAUCUAUUGAGGUAAUGGGACGAGGAAGUGACGGUAUGGGCCAAAUUGUUGUCCUUGGUAGUGACCAUGCUUCGAGUCCCCACGACAUGCAGAACUCGAAUCAAAACGUCCCACAGCAACCAUCUUGCCAUUGGCAGAAUGGAAGUGUUGCUGGUGCGGCUUCGGUAGAUCGUCACUCUCAAGAGCCCUUGUGUCUCGCUGACAUGCCUGUGGGUGAUCCAGAAAUGCCCCCACAACCCAAUGGGUCAAUUCAACGCUCGGAUGAUGAACAUGGAACCGAAAAAACUUCAUCUCUCCUGCAACCUUCAACCGAUCCGCCGGCUUCAAUUUUUCUUGAUCCAAGUCAACUACCAGAGCUUUUUGAUCAGUCUAUUGAUCUCGAGACGAGGUAUGAACGACAGAAUAGUAGAGGGUCAUCACCAUUGCAAAAUCAUCGAUCCCUUAAUAACAGUGUGACAAAUGGGUUGCAUCAGUCAACUAGACUUGGUGUUGCUGUGCCUGGUGCCCGUCUCAGUGACAUAAGUACAAUUGGCACUCCCCAGCAUCCCAAUCAAACACAUUCCGGCUUUGACGAACAAUGGAGAGGUGAUAAUGCUUCAUGUCUGCCAAUAUAUUCAGCAGAGUGGCUGUCUUAUCUUCUUGAUAUGCCCUAUCAGCCACAGUUUUCCAUUCCAUCUUGUUAUUCUGAGGAAAUGCAAACGAGUGACCUGCAGAAUCGAAUGGGUCCGUUGUCAUCACAAAAUGAUCAAUCCCUUCAUGUAGGCACUUCAAAUUGUUUGCCAGACUGCAAUCAAAUCCCUAUUGCCGAAGCAGUUCCCCUGUCCAAUGCUACAAGUGUAACCAAUGCCGUCCAGCAUUCUAGUCGACAGACACUUCUUAUAUGUGAUGAAGAAUGUGGAAAUGAGACUAGUUCCUUUCCCACACAAGCUUCAAUGGACAUGUCUCCGCCAAGUGCAUCACAGCCUUCCACUGACCCUCACACUUUUGAGAAUCUGGACUUGGAUUCCCAAGUUCCAGAGGGUGGAACUGACACAGAAGGCCCAUUAUCAUCACAAGCUUCCAGGCACCCUCCACGUCAAUGUUUUCCAGAUCAACCUCAUAAUCUUGAGACAAUGAACACGGAGCAUCACCCAAGUGUGUCAUCAUCAUCACAGAAUAACCAGUUCUCGAUUACAUGUUUCCCGCAAGCUCCACUGGACAUACAUGCGAGUAGUCCAUCUUCAUCGCAAGCUAUAUACAGAGGCGUUCCAAUCACGAGUCAUCCAAACACAGGCAACUUUGAAAAUAAUGGAGCUUUGAAAAGAAAGGUAGAACGACUCUACAAUAGAGAAGCUGACAUAAAGAAUGAGUUAGAGUUCGCUGCAUCUCUAUCUCUGAAGAAGCAGAGAAUAGAAGUUGUGAAUUGGUUGACGAACAUGGAAAAGCUGAGGAAAAAUUUCCAAAGUCUUGAACCAGCAAGCGCAGAAAAUUUGCCACCACAACAACAGGUGGAUAUGUUGAUGAAAGAAGCAGAAGACCUUAUCAUAAAAAGCAAAUUUCCAGAAGGACUAUUUGAGGUGGGAGAUGCCAAAGUCAACAUAUUAUUAGAACGAAAGUUGGAGGCAGGAAGGGCAUUUCAGACAAAUACUAAGAAGAUCUUGCAGUGCCUAAAAGAGAAUCACAUAUCACGAUUAGGCAUCUACGGUAUGGGGGGUGUCGGGAAAACAACCAUUAUGGUGCACAUACAUAAUAGGCUCCUAAAAAAUGCAAACCAUUUUAAUAUAUUGUGGAUUGCUGUGUCGCAAGAUCUCAACAUACAUAAGUUGCAAGGUGACAUUUGGAAGGCGCUAAACUUAGGUGAUCUAAAAGAAGAGGAUGCGAUGAAACGGGCGGCAAUGUUGUUUGAUCAAUUAAGUAAAAGAGGGAAGUCUAUACUUAUCCUCGAUGAUGUAUGGGAACAAUUUGAUCUUGAUGAGGUGGGUAUCCCUGUUGAAGCUGAUGGACUUAAGCUGGUGUUAACAACUCGGUCCUUUGAAGUAUGCCGCCAGAUGCAUUGUCAGGAGAAGAUAAAAAUCGAACCUUUGUCUCCUAAUGAGGCACAAUGCUUAUUUUUGAAGGAACUUGGACCUGGAGCUCUUAGUGUGGAAAUUAAAGCAGUUAUGAAGUUAAUCGUAGAAGAAUGUGCUGGUCUACCACUCGGAAUCGUCACGAUGGCAAGAACCAUGAGAGGAGUAAGUGAUCUGUUUGAAUGGAAGGAUAUAUUAGAGAGAUUGAAAGAAUCUAACAUGGGGCAAAUGGAUAUGGAAAAGAAGGUCUUAGCAAAUUUAAAAUUAAGUUAUAGUCGCCUGAGUAAUGAUGAAGUCCAACGAUGUUUCUUAUGCUGUGCACUUUAUCCAGAAGACCGGCUAAUUCAUAAGUUUGAGCUGAUAGAAUUUUUUAUUGAUGAAGGAUUGAUUGGAGGAUUGGAUAAGAGGGAGAAAUGUUAUGAUAGAGGUCUUACCAUACUGAACAAACUUGAAAAUGUUUGCUUGUUGGAAAAUGAUCAGGGUAUGGUCAAGAUGCAUGAUUUGAUCAGAGAUAUGGCUUUGCAUGUCAUGAGUGCGACUUCCAUGGUUAAAGCGGGCAAGGGUUUGACAAGGAUUCUGAGUGAGGAAUGCUGGAUGGAUGGUGUAGAGAAAGUUUCUUUCAUGGAGAAUUACAUCAGGGUUAUUCCAUCCAAUAUGUCACCAAAUUGUCCUAAACUGGCAACUUUGCUAUUAAAUGGUAGCUUAUGGGGGGUUGUGCUGAUCCCUGAGUCUUUCUUCAAGCGAUUGGAGGGGUUGAAGGUUCUAAACCUGAGUGGAUGUGGGAUCAGAGAGCUUCCCAAUUCCAUCUCGGAUUUGGUAAACUUGAGGGCAUUGUUGUUGAGGGAGUGUCGGGAAUUGUGUCAUAUUCCUUAUUUAGGAAAGCUGAGUUCAUUGAGGAAGUUGGAUGUCCAUGGAUGUAGAUAUUUGAAAGCAGUGGAGGGCUUGGAAAUGUUGGUGAACUUGAGAUACCUCGACUUAUUUAAAUCAGGUAUAGAAAGAUUAGUGGAAGGAACAUUGGCAGGUUUGGCAAACUUGCAAUAUCUAAAGAUAGGGGAAGUGAAAGGAGAUGACGUGACAAAUUUAUGGGCAUUGGAGACUCUUGAUUCUUCUUUCCAGAACGUCGUUGAUUUCAACAAAUACAUGAGAUUUCUCCAGCAGAGUGGCCCUCAUCACUAUUACCAGCUUGUGGUGAAUCAAGAAAAAUCAUUGUGGUCUGCGAGUGUAUAUGAUGAUCCAAGAUUUGGGACUUCGGAGAGAAAUAUUGACAUUGAUUGUUGCGAUUAUGCUAUUGUCAGGGCAGGAGGGGAAUGCAAUGAGGAUUCUAUUUUGAUUGCGCAAGACGUGCAGAGAUUGGUGGGGAGAAAAUGUGGAGGUAUGACAAAUUUGUCCAGCAUCGGCCCGCUUGAAAGCCUCCAGGUGCUAAUAAUGGAAGAAUGGGAAAACUUACAGACGCUCUGUGGAGGAGUAGAUGAAGUAAUUGACAAUCAUGACUACCCUCUUCUAUUCCGUAGUCUGAAGACGCUUACUGUCGAGAGAUGUCCAAAACUGAAGUAUCUCUUUGGGAAUCGUUCUAAAGUCACCCUUCCACAUCUACGACGGAUUGUGAUAAAAAACUGUGAGGAAUUACGAGGGAUAACUGCAGCAGGAGCAAUAUUUGCAACGCCACUCCCUGCCUUCCCCAACCUAGAAAAGAUUGUGAUAGAGCACUGUGCCAACAUGAAGAGCGUGGUGGAAUCUGAGUUGCUCCCUCACCUUCCUAACCUGAAAGAGGUUACGGUACAGCAUUGUGAGAAAAUGGAGGUGAUAAUAGGAAGGGCUCCCCAAACCAUGCCACCCGGUGCCCUUUCUCUUCUUACAUCUCUUUGGAUAGAGCGAUGCCCCAAUGUGAGGAAGCUUCUUACUCAUGAAUUGCUACUCCACCUCCCUAAUAUCCAAGGCAUUCUAGUCCAUGACUGCAGAAGGAUGGAGGAGAUAAUAGGCCAUGAAGGACGACGGCGACAACUAGGAGAUGAAGUAAGCCGUCUAAACAUCAGUACCACCUGUUCCUCCUUGCCAAAGUUAAACUUCUUGAAUCUACUUACACUACCAGAAUUGGAGAGCAUAUAUGAUGGGACGAUAAAUUGUGAUUCCAUCCAAUAUAUUAGAUUAUGGGAUUGUCCGAAGCUGAAGAGGAUUGCUCUGCAUCUGCCCAUACUAAAUAACAGCUUCCCUUCUCUUAGGGAGAUUAGUGUAGAUGAUGAGGCAAGUUGGGAGUCGCUGGAGUGGGGUCCUCCUCAUGUCAAGUCUCUGCUUCGACCCUUUGUCUAUUUUUAAUUCUUCAAUUAAUUCCAGCAUAACUCGUUUCAUGCAUAUUAUACUGAAGUUGAGUCUUCUCUUGGAACAAAUACGAUGGAGCUCUGCAUAUGUUGGAUUCUUUCGUCCUCAUUGUGGUGGUCUCAUUCUGCUUGACUUCUUCCUGAUGUCCGAGGAGAAGAAGAGGAUCAU